CGACAAAUGCUAAAGAAAAUAGUUUUUCAUUGACAGAUAAUAAACAGUUAAACGAUUCCUGCAGUCAAUUACGAAGAUUAACCGUGCACUCCAAAACCAGUGCCACCUUUCUGUGGUGUUUUGUUAUUGACGAAGACACAGCAACAAAAAUCAUCAUUAAGUGCAAUUAUACAAAUAUUUUUGUUAUAAUUUUAAUACAAAUUACAGUUAGACGACGAUGAUGCAAAACUAGAGAAAUUUAACAAAUGAAAACGGUACAAAAUUAGCAAAAUUAUGUAAAUAUCAAAUUGAAAAAUUUACAACUGAAGCAGCAGACGAAAAACGUAAAUGAUAUGUGAUUAAUGAAUGAAAUGAUCCAAACAUCAACCAGCCAGCAGAGUAAGUCAGCAGCACCCCAACAUAGACAUGCCAAAGCAAAAACGAAUGGGCAUAGGUAAUGUGAAAAAAGUACAACGACAACGUCGAAAAGAAACAAUUUUCAAUGCGCAUAAUCAGCGGACCAUUGGCUGUGGACCAUUUGUAAAGAAAAAUUAAUAUUGAAUUGUGUGCGUGUGUAAUAGGUGGAUGCACUUGCUCAGUGGAGGUGGUCGCGUUAUGGUUAUUAAUAUUGAAAACUAAACAAAUUGUAGUGUUUUAACAAUUUCGACUUCAUAAGGGCAGUAGCCAGUACUUCUUUACCGUUCAUUUUUUCUGCUCGGGAAAACAUUAAUCGUGGUGAGCUGCACUACAUGGCAAUGUGCGCGAAUGCAUAUUACAGUGUUGAGAUCUAUUAUGAAAAUCUUACAAAAAUAAAAAAAGAACCGUUCAUUGUUGCUAGUAUAGAUUGAAGAAACCGUAAAGAAGAAAAUCUAAUGCAAAGUAAAAGAAAAAAAGAGAAAAUUUUCCAACCACUAAGAAAAGCUGGGAGGAAAUUAUGCAAAUCGUAACAACAACAACAAGUGUGUGUUAGUGAACAGACAAAAACCUAAGGAAUUCAAAAAUAUACAAAUAAUUAGCAAAAGAAAAUGCUUACCCUGCUUAGCGAGUGCCACUUUUGGACAACUCGUGAGGAUAUACGUAUCAAACACACCGACUUUGGUUGUCUACGUUAUACGCGACAUCGUGAACUCCAACAAUUGCCGGCCAAUGACUUGUAUGCGGAAGCAAAAAGGGAUUACAUAGAACGCCGCAAUGGUGUGGCUGUGCUGAAGAGUUCACGCAAAGCCAUUGGUCGUCUCAAGGAUAAUCUCAAGCGUUUAGAAGAACUUUUGCGCACCCAUCAGAAGGUAGUGCAUAUCCAUUGGCCCGAAGAUUCACAUGUGCUAUUGUUGUUUGCAAAUGGCAUUAUAGCACAUAUCUGCAUAGAUGCAUUUACCGGUGACAUAUCCCGCAUGGUGUAUGAAAAGUAUUUAGUUGGAAAGUUGGCUGCUGAAACAAUUACAGAUGCAUUUUUUACGCAUUCCCACAUUGUGUUGGCAUAUAACACCAAUCAGGUGACAGUUGUGCAUCUACAAAAGCCCAACACCCGGCAACAAGGUCCUGAGAAAAUUUCCAACAUGGAACCGAAAAUAUUUCACGCCAUUAUACCGGGUACAGCCGAACGAAAAUUGGCACGCCGCAUUAGUGUAAAUACCAGCCACGAUAUGUUUGUUAUAUGGACAAAGUCAUCACAAAACGAGGUGUUUCCAUGGCGGCCAACAAUACGGGAUCAGGAUCGUGCCAACAUACAUGUUUUCAAGUUGAAGGGAAAUCAAUUGGAUUUCUUUGCCUAUUGUUGGUCAGAGAAUGAUCCAAUGUGUGUGGAUUUUUUACGUUCUACCGAAAAUCAAAUUUUAACUUUGGAACAGAAAAUUUCACGCAAAGGUGAGAUUUCUGCAGAAGUCUGCAGCUAUGAAAUAGUUGUGGGUAAAAUGCAAAGAACACCGCUGUCCUCCAUUCCCGUGGGUACACAGAUAACAUGUUUCGCCUUCAGUCCAGAUCAGGAAAAACUGUUUUUGGGCAGUGCAGAUCGUAAUAUAUGCCUGCAUGAUUUAGUAUUACAGUCAACCAAAUGUGUUACACAAAUCGAUAUUGUUCCCAUACAAUGUUCCUGGCACAGUGAUUCCAGUUUAAUAGUGAUUGCCAACACAAGAUCACAAUUUCAAUGUUUUGAUUUGGCCCUAACUCCUGUUGGCAAUCAAUUGCAAAGUGAAGAUGUCACACCGUCCAAUUUACUGGAUUUGUCACAUUAUUUCUCGGCCCAACCAACGUUGUUGCAAAUAUCAUUUAGCCGUAAACCUGAACUUCACCAUUAUUCACAUCCUUAUGCAGCCACAGAUUGUUUUCUAAUAUUGAUAUACGAUCAAGGUCCCAUUGGUUGUUUACGAUUUUUUGCCGGGGCUGGUAUGCGUGGUGAUAUUCAUAACUCGGGUCUAACAGCGGAUGUUAUAUUAGAUAAAUAUUUGGCUCUCAAUCAAUUGGAAAAAGCCGUGAAUCUUCUAAAUGCCCUGAAUUGGGAGACAUAUGGAGCCGUUUGUCUAAUAUCAUUACACAAAAUUGCCAAUCAUGUUUUCUAUAAGGGCGAUCAAAAGAAAAUUCGCAUUGAACUAAUGAACAAAGCUCUAAAGACAUUUUCCGAUUCCCUUACAGAGGAGACAAAAGAUGAAUUCAGUGAUCAAGUAUUUGAUUUAAAGAGACGGUUUUUCUUUUUUCUCUUAAGACAAAACUUAUUUGCUGAAGCCUUUGAAGUAGCCCAAGACAUUGAAGACUAUGAUCUAUUUAUGGAUCUUUUCAAUGUUACAAAAUGUGAUCCAAAUCUUGCUGAAUUUUCUGCUGCUUGUUUUAGCCAAGCUGCUGCCAUUCUCCACGAAGAAGAUAUGGUUAAUGGCAAUGUAAGUGCCAGUGAUUUUCGUUCCGAAUCCGUGUGUUCACAGUCGACGGGUAGCGAAACAACCAAUUGUCGCAGCAAAUUGCAACAACAUCAAAAGUUUCUUAAAGAUUAUGUGCCACCACUGCCUUCGUUUAAAUCGAAAGUCUUUAAUGCUGAAAUGAUAAAAAUCAAUUUACCAAAAGAAGCCCAAUCAACCGAACCUCAUAUAGUACAACAUCAAGAAAGGACAAGACCACCACCUCCUCCAAUACCGGAUAAAAAACAGACUAAAUUAAAUCCUACAACAUUAUCGGCCGCCAAGACUGCAGCGUUAAGUAGUAAUUUAGCCAAUUUAACUAUGAAAAGUGCAAGAAAUUCAGUGCAUUCCAAUAAUGCAACAAAUGUACAUAGUUCCUCCAUUACACCACAAUGGUCCGAUUUGGGCAUAUCAUUGAAAAAUUCAUCUACAAAGUCUGCCUUUACUCCACUUUAUAAUACAAACAGCAAUGGCGGUGGUGUUGGUGGGAUCCAUGGUCUAAAUGGUAACAUGAAUUUACUUUCACCUUCCAUUUCCUCAACUUCGUCAUCUCUUGGUGGUUAUUUACAAACUACAAGUGAUUCCUUAAAUAACAAUCAUGCCAAUAUGGGGGGAGGACACCAACAACGGUAUCAUGCUAUGGCAUCAGCAGCAGCACCACCUACAUCAUCCUCAUCAGGAGUUUUACCCAUUGCACCAAUUGCCAUGUAUCAACCAAAAUUCUUUCAACAUCCGUUGGUAUCCGGCACAAUACCAUCAUCAUCAUCCGGUGGUGGUACAUCUCUUGCUGCCCAUAGUAUAUCCAAUGAAGAAUAUCAAAAAGUUUUAUUAAGUAAAAAACCCACAGCUUCAAUACUUUCGAAUGGCUCGACAACACAAAAUGGUAGUAACACAUCGGUACUGAGUGGCAUUAGUGGUACACAAAAUGGUCAUGUUAAAGAUGGCAAUAAAAAUCCAAAUGGAGAGAAAAAUAAAGUGAAAUUUUCGGAUACCGUACAAGUGGCAGUUGUACCGGAAAUACCACGAAGAGAUAAAUCCCUGAUAGCUAAACGUAAUGGUUAUGCUCGCCCACCUCCAAGGAACUUUACAAACCCCAAAAAGGAAUUACAGGAUAGUUUACCCCUAUGUCAUCCAAACGAUGAUUAUCUUAAAGAUUUUAAUCCAUUGUCCGCAGCCGAAUCUCAUAGGGCAGCAAAUGAACUACAUUAUUAUCAGCCUUCUACAAAUACCAACAAUAUCAUCACAACAAAUAAUGGACAUAGUGCGACGUCAUCUGUAACUCAUGCAAAUACCACAACAUCCAAUGGAACGCCAAUAAAGGUGGUACAUUUUGGUGUUGUUUAAUGCGUUAUGUAUAAAUUAAUUGUGCAUUGUUUUUGUUUUCACGUUUAUCUUUAACACAUGUCUUCCAAAUCGAAUAUAUCAAAUACAUUCCCCUGCAUAGAUGUAAAGCUUUAAAUCUUAAUUAUAGUAAUGGUUAUGUUUAUAAGUUAAUAGUUAGAAAAAAAAAUAGUUUUUUAUCACAUUAUUAUUAUCAAUAUUUAUAAGGAUUGUUAAAUGUUCUUUAAUUAUAGCAAAUAUUUGAUUACGAGUGCAA